CUGUCUUUUACCUUGUGUUCGAGUAGUGUAUCGUCGUAUGUGAGAAGUAGUGACCAGACCAGACCCAACCGGAUCCACGUUGAAUUCAUUCCACAAUUUCAUGCCGUUCCGUGAGCAUGUGUCAAUGUCAUAGUGAAGGAAAUUUCAGGGUUUCAUCCUGCUCUGGUCUACUACCCGAGAGAGAAAGUAAGUGAGUGAGUCAGUGUGUCCGGAGUGGUGUGACGGGUCAGAACGCUAAAACACGGUCCUCUUCUUCUUCUUUGCCUCCGUAGUGCAGUAAGUAAGCAGUAGAUUCACGUAAUAAAACUAAGUAAAUACGAGGGGGAGCCCGCUUUCUUCUUCCCACACCAUCAUUUCCGUCGUCGUCGUCCUCCUCCACCUCCACUUUCUUCCAACUUGGUGGAACUCAUCCUCACACUUUUACCACCACUUUCUCUCUCUCUCUGGGAGGAAGGAAGUUUGUCCGUGGAGGAGUUGUUCUCCUCUGAGUCGUGAUUGUGUGGGUGGCCUGGCUGCUGCUUCGUUGGGGAAUAAGAAUACUUAAUUAGUUGAGUUUUGACAAAUUUCUACCAACAGUCGGUGACCCGUCUCAUCCAUUCAUUCAUUCGUUCUGGGAGAGAUUUAUUUUACUUUAUUUUACUUUGCGUAACUAAAACUUGACUUUGUGGAACUUGAUCUGAAUUAAAUGGAGAAAUUUGAGACUGAGAAUUAAAUAGAUGCAGAAAUAGAUAAAUCGGUGCUAUUUAUAUUUCUAUAUUGGUGCUACGUAUAAUUAGUGAGGAUUGUUUAGACUGAAUGUGAUCCUAAGUAACUACUCUUGAGUGCCUGGUUUGGACUGAUAUAUUUGCGAAAUAUUUUCAUUCCUAACAAAAUAUAAACUAUUAAGUGGUCCAUGUACCUGAACGAUUUGGGGAAAAAUUAGCCUGGUGGAUGUCAUGAAAUUCUUGCCUUGAAAAAAUAUACGUACUUAUCUACUUAGCUGUGAGUGAUAUCGUGUCCUGUCCAAUCCGGUCCACACCGAUUUCUUCAUCCAUAUCAAGAAGACUGAAUUAGACGUACCACGUACAUACCCAGUCCUGGACCGGAAGUUAUGUCAUUCUCCCUCCUGGGAACAUUAGAGUUCUAGAAGCAAAAAAACUGUCAAGUGGAUCUGCCUGCCUGCAUUAAGAAAACAAAAAAAAUUCAUCAUCAUCAUCUCGCCUUUCGAAUUAACUGAAAUGGGAGAAGUCACGGAGACUCAGAGUUUCACGUCGCCCUCUUCCGCCACGGGUGGUCACGGUCAUCGCCACCACCACCAUCACACCAACCAACCCGACCGGACUUUAGGCGGACAUCACCACCACCAUCACCAUCGACACCAUCGGUCCUCCUCUUCCGGUGGGGGUGGUCUCAACCCCGCCAAUUCGAACAACAACGUCUCCCCACCGACCCGGUCCUUGUCCUCGUCCACCCUUCUCAUCCCCGCGCAUGGUGACGACGUCGUGAAGCGAUCAUCCCCAACUCCUCCUCCCCCAGAACCACAACAAGCGCCACGAGAACAACUACCAGAAGCCUUGUCGUCCUCCCACCUGAACGAGGACGGGUCCUACGACAACUCCAAGUUGAAGGAGGAAGACUAUGAAAAACUCACCGUGUUUUUUGCCCACGAUUUCUCCGGCGUUCCCGAGGAUGCGCCCAACAAAGCGGAAGCUUCCCUCCCGAGAAAUCUAAUUCUGAAGCCAUCCGGCGUCAUUAAUGAUGGUCUCGGCGUGUGGAGUAACGGCUAUAUUCCAGUUGGCACCCGGUUCGGACCUUUCGCUGGAAAUACCUUCCCACCAGAUCGAGUUCCUGAAAAUGCUUGUCGGAAAUAUUUUUGGCGGAUUUACAAGGAUGGUGAGCUGAGUUAUUACGUUGAUGGCUUCGACAUUUCAAAAGCAAAUUGGAUGAGAUAUGUAAAUCCGGCCUACUCAUCGGAUGCGCAAAAUCUGAUCGCCUGCCAGUACAACAUGCAAAUUUUCUUCUACACGGUCAAGCCAAUCAUGCCCAAUCAAGAAUUGUUAGUCUGGUAUUGUCGCGAAUUUGCCGAGCGGUUGCAAUACCCUCUCACUGGAGAAUUGAUGCUGAUGAAGAUACGCCAAAGUGUGGCUGGAGAAAUGUCACCUCCACCACCUCCUCCUCCACAAACAACAACAGAUACGGAAACGGGAAAUAAAUCUUCUGAUUCUUUGCCCGUCAACCAAAACUUGUUACUUUCCCCACCUUCCGGAAAAGAGUGUGAUGUCGGUCAGAGGUCUGUCCGAUCUGAUGAGGGUUACCAUUCCCAAGGAUAUCACGACAUUGCCGUGAUGACUCCGCCGGGCGUGGGCGAGACGUCUUCGUCCUCGUCACAAUCUUCUUCCUCGUCAUCCUCAUCCUCCUCCUCUUCGUCGUCAUCUUCUGAAGAUGAUGCGGACAACAAUUACAUCCUGGAUUUCAGCAAUGCCACAACCGUGACGAAAAUCCUUGUCCCAGCGGCGAAAGAGGGGAGGAAGAGCUCUGCCGAAGAGGCCUGCAGUGACACCGUCACCGUCACGAAGGGAGCCAGCAAUGAGUUUCGCAAAGUUAAGAUCAAGAUGACAAAGGCGUACAGGGCGAAUAGCAGUGAAGCGACCACAGAAAAUGUGGAAAAGAUUGUCAUUAAAUCAUCCCCACCGGCAUCACCACCAUCAUCUCCACCCCAUCGAGACACAGGGCACCUGGCCAGACUUAAGCUGCACCGGAGCAGUUCCAUCUCAGGGAAGAGCACCUUGUCUUCCUCGUCGUCGUCCGUCGUGUCGCCAAAAUUGACCACGAGCGGUGGCACGUCUCCCAAGCGGAGUAGGGAAGAGAUGGAAUCCCACGAUGGUGAGACUACCAUCAAAGUGGUGACUACUUCUACGACCACAAAUUCGUCCAUCGUCCCGGCCUCCAAUAUUCCGAAUAGUCUCCCCUCGAACAAGUCGCCCCCACCGGGCGCUGCUAUUGGUAUUUUGGAAAGCAUUUUACUCCGUCGCUUCGCCGGGGGUGAGGCAUCUCUGCUCCACUCGGGACAAGCCCAGUCGCCACCCUCGCCACCAAAAACGCACCAACUCUCCCCCAUGGAGUUGAAGGAUCCCUACUCUUACAAAAAGUCACACCGAUACUCGCUCCAACAGGAGGCUGCGUCACGGCCACAUCACAAAAGCCCGUCACCACCAAACCAUCAUCAGCAAGCAUCAACCUCCAACAAACGGAGGUCAUCGUCACCACCAGCAGAGAGCAAAAACAUGGGCCCUGCUGUCCCCCCUACUGCGGCAUUCAUGAUGAGAACAAGUCCAAAACAUGAACCCAUCCUACUCCUGCGUCCCGGACAUAACAAUAACAUUCCACCGCCACCAACACCACCAACAAAUGGGCAUCACCAUGGACCGCAACAAGCAUACAAUGGUCACCCACCAUCUCACCCACCACCACCAAAUCAUUUCCAACACCACUUUAACAAUGGUGGACCUCCUCCACAUGCUCCGCUGCAUGGUCCUCCACCACACUUUGGUCUCUUCUACCCACCUCCUCACCACCCAGGUCACCCCCACCAUCAUGUAACCGGGUCAUCUCCACCUGGUCAACCCGCCGUUCCAUCGCAGGAACAACUGCACCACCAGCAUCACCAACACCAAAGAGAAUUUCAACUCAGAAUGGAAAACUUUAACAAUUCUCGGCCCCCAUUCAUCUACACGUCGAAUCAUCCACCUCCUCCUCCGCCUCUUGGAAGUGGGAGUAACAAACAGGAGAUUCCAUCCCCACUUCCAUCGCCACAUUACGGUCCCCCACCCAACGGAUUGCAUCACCAUUCCUUCACCUCCACGUCCAGUGGUGGCAGUGGGAGUGGUGGGAACAGUCCACCAUUCUCGCAUCCCGAUAUUCACCGUCGUGGAGGACUUCCCCCCACAAACUCGUCGUUUCUCAAGGAACUCACUCCCCUACUAAUCUCACCUCCUGGGAUGGGUGGGUCUGGUUUCGGAUCGGGUGGGUCUGACUCGAAUGGUUCGAGGGAGCAUGAUUCGGAUUACGAGGGUGCUUGCAGUCCUGGGGGGACGAGAGGGUAUCGCAGUCUUCCAUACCCACUGAAGAAAAAGGAUGGCAAGAUGCAUUACGAGUGCAACAUUUGUAUGAAAACUUUUGGACAGUUGUCUAAUCUCAAGGUCCACUUGCGCACUCAUUCUGGCGAACGUCCCUUCAAGUGCAAAACCUGUACGAAGUCCUUUACCCAACUUGCCCACCUCCAAAAGCAUCAUUUAGUCCACACGGGCGAAAAGCCGCACGAGUGUGAAAUUUGCUUGAAGAGAUUUUCCUCCACAUCCAACCUCAAGACGCAUCUGCGCCUCCAUUCUGGCCAAAAACCAUACGCGUGUGACCUCUGCCCCACAAGGUUUACACAAUUUGUCCACCUCAAGUUGCACAAACGCCUCCACAACAAUGAGCGUCCCUACAAAUGCUACAAUUGUGGCAAAAAGUACAUUUCCGCGAGUGGUUUGAGGACUCAUUGGAAAACGACGUCAUGCAAACCAAGUAACGAGGAAGAGUUAAUCUUGGACCGACGCACCCCUCCCGGCCCAAAUUCCGGCGAGGGGGACAACUCUCAAAUGGACUUCGACGAGGAUUAUGGUCAAUCUGACGAUGGGAGCAACGGUGAUCUGAUUGAUGUAGAAUCUCACGAUGAAAACAUGUCGCCGGGAAUGAUGCUGUCGGGCGGAAAAGCCGUCGAGGUGGAUGUCGAUCUCGAUAUGAAAAAUAUUAGCCGGGAGAGGGACGGGCCCCCACCGUCCUCGUCCAGACCGCAACAAUCCAUCAUCCAGUGCAAAUAGUGACCACAUUUGUUCGUACCUGAGACGAGGAAGAGAAACCCUGAAAUUGUACCCAUAUACGGUCCACACGAUAAGCUGCUUCCAUAUGUAUGUUUAACUUUAAGGCAAGAAACAUCUCUCAUCUUUACCAAGAUAUUGAGGGCACAAUUCCCACCGUCGACUAAUUAAUUACUAAAUCAAUCAUACUUACCUAAUCAUUUCAAUCACAUCAUCAUCACAUCAUGGAUAAUCAAGAAAUCAGUUAAUUAGAUAAGUUAAUAUGUGUGAUAUAUAUUCAUGUACCAAGAAAAACGUAAUUAUUCACCAUUAUUAUUACGUAAUAGUUAAUUAUAGUUAUGUAGUUAGAUAGAAUUAGUUAUAGAUAGUUGAUUAAUUUUCCUCUCGUUCUCCUGUCCCUGAAUUUAGUAUUUAUAUAACAACGUGUCCCUACUAUAUUUUGUACCAUAUUAUGUACAUGUUCAAUCUCAUCAAUCAGUUUGAAAUCAAUCAACUUGAAUAUUUAACUCCACUACGUUGUUGUACCUACAUGCAUAAUUUAGUUAGUUUAAUUAUUUAUAGUCGCUCAUCAAUCAUUCAUCGUGGAUUGAUUAACAUUACACUGGUGUUUCGUUUUACAGUUUGUCUCAAAAGUGGAAAAAAUGAGAUAAAAUAGGGAAAACUGCUUUCUACACGUGAGGCUUUACAAAAAACUAAAAAAAAAUACCUAUGCCAAAAAUACGAAAAUUAAGCCUCAACUUUCCCAAAAAACGAGACCAGUCCUAGUGCUAUUUAUUACCAUUUUCCAAGCCCACCACACCCACGCGGCCAACCCACCCAUCCAUCCACUCUCAACCAUUUAUGUAGAAAAGCCCUAUUUACGUACUACUAUUUUGUCAACUAUUACCUAGUUAAUUAGUUAAUUUUAGUCGUUAAUAUCUCGCUCGUUACGAUUGUGCGCUAUAUAUGUUUGUAUCAGAGAAAAGAUUGAUUGAUUGGCGUUCAAGUGAUAAUUUCCUAAAUAUCGAUACAUUUAAUCGUGACUUAUCUCUGAGUAUAUCUGAAUCUGAGACGUACAUUCAUCAUGUAUUGAACUCGUUAAUUUAGACAAUUAAUUUAUUGAGUCAUUAUUUAUGAUGUUGAAUAGAAGAAAUUGUAUUUAAUUUUGUACAGGAGAAAAAGUUGAGAUUUUUUGGAUUUCAUAUAUAUUUAGUGAGAAAGGUCCACGUUUAUAGACAAAUCUGUAUUACAUACUUAUGUAUCGCUGCUACUAAUUAUUUAUUUAAUUCAACAUUUAUUCGUUCUGGUAAUCGAUAAGCAGGUUAUUAUUAUUUGUCUUAUAGCUGACCGUCUAAACUGCCUCCAAUACCACAACCAUUAUCAGCAUACCAUUAUCAUAUUAUCAUCGGGUAUUUACGACUAGUGACCCCAUUAAAAAAUUAAAAAAACUUGUGAUUUUUAGGCUACUUCAGUUCAGUUCUUAUAUUUCUGAAGCAAACUUUUCUAGUUUUGUUUUGUUAUUAUUCACUUGUUAAUUGUUAUACAUUAACUAAUCGUUUUGUUGUA